AAGUGCCAUGUAAGUAUAUCCAUGAAUGUUAUCCAGAAAGAAAAGAGAAGAUUAGAAAAAGAAAAUCCAGUUAAAAAAUUUAGUGCAUUAGGGAGGUUCUAGUUCUAUCCAAAAAAGGGGGUCCACAUUGUUUGCACUUUUCUUUCUUUUUUCCCUUUCUAAGAUGAUGAUCCAUUCCUUCUCCUUUUCCCCUUCUCGAAUUUGUUCCCUCUCUUCUGUCCCUUCCCAACAUCACUCCUUCUUGUUCCUAAAUUCUCGCCUUCUCUGCCAAUUCGCGCCAUUACUUUUUCUCACAUCAACUACUUCUGCUCUGACCCGUUUCCCUUCCCAAACGCUUCUUGCACAAUUUCAAACUUCUUCGGUUCCCUGGAUACCCUAUUGAGAAAGGUUGAGAUUUGACUUCAUAUCGAGAAGUGGGUAGGUUCAAUAUCCACAAGUUCAGCCCCUACCGUCAUCAAAAUACUAGCUUGUUUUGGAGUUUCAUGGUUAAGUGUUAAUCUGACGUUAAUCGUGUUGUUGGUGAGAGAUUUUUUUGGAUUUGUGGAUAAGAGAAUCAUGUAUUGCAAAAUUUAGCAUAAAAGGACAAGAAAGAAACGUAAGGUAUUGUGUACUGUUAGGAUUAAGAUUUGGAGAUAUAAGAAUGAGGAGAGGGAAGGAUGAUGAGAAGGUGAUGGGGCCAAUGUUCCCUAGGCUACAUGUCAAUGAUACAGAAAAGGGAGGACCAAGAGCACCACCUAGGAAUAAGAUGGCCCUCUAUGAGCGGUUUAGUAUUCCCUCUCAAAGGUUCAAUUCAGGUGUUCUGCCACUCAACCAAAAUAUUUCCAGUAAUACUGCUCCCCCUACAUCCUCAAGUCAGGGGACUGUCCCUGAGAGAAAUCAUGUCUUUCCUGUUCAUAUGCCAUCGCAGAAACCUAUUCGUCCCGUAGAAAAAUGUCACUCUCGCCAAUCGGAAGAGGCAAAUUUGACUUGUUCUCUUGAACAGAGAAAGAAGGUAUAUGAAGAAGACUUUAGGGUUCCUGUAUACGUUCAUUCAAGGGUUGGUCAGUGUAAUGAUAAAAGUGUUGAGAGUUUCGACAGGAAAAAGAUCACUCAUACAGGCACUAGGUAUUUCGGUUGUUCAGUUGCAGGGCAAAGUGAUUGUGAAAGGGUUCCCAAACAAUUUGGGUCCUCACAUGUUAGGAAAGAUGCGCGAUGUGAGACUGAUGGUCUUCCACAAGUAAGUACAAGUAAAGACCAGCCAUUAACGUCUGUCCGAAGCAUAUCAACGAGAGAAAAUAUUGACACCUUAGUAAGGCAAGCCAAGGUGACUCCGAAUCAAGAGUUUCAAGAUUGUCAUGUAUCAAAAAGGAACAGGUUUAGACAGGAUGAUGCUUGCUUACGGCAGGACUGUGGAGUGGGGUCCCAAUCCAAUGACAUUGGACACAGUGGUUCUCUUGUUCAGUCUUCAAGGAAGAUUGGUAAUGGAAAUGCCGCUACAGCAAACAAAACCAAUCCAGCUGAGGCAAUCAAUGACACUGGACAUCAUGAUACCGGGACGGGCAGUCUGAUACAGGGGGGAAAAUUAAAUGGAAGUGACAAUGCUUCAAAGAUCUCCCCGGUAGACAAUUUGUCACCAGUGAACAUUUCUCCAGAUGAUGUUGUUGGAAUAAUAGGUCAAAAGCAAUUCUGGAAAGCUAGAAGAGCAAUUGCCCACCAACAGAGAGUGUUUGCUGUCCAAGUGUUUGAGCUUCACAGAUUGAUAAAGGUCCAACAACUGAUGGCUGGAUCACCCGAGGUUUUGCUUGAAGAUGGCACUUUUCUGGGAAAGUCUAUUCCAAAGGGAUCUACUCGGAAGAAACUUUCACUGGAAUAUGUUGUAAAACCUUGGCAACAAACCCUUAAGCGCAAAGAUGAUUCUGAAAAGUUAAAUCAUAAAAUGGAAUGUUCUGCGGAGAACGCAGUUGGCAAGACGUCUCUCUCAUCAGUGAAAAACGAUAGCCACCUUUCAAACUACACUCCUUUUCCAAGAAAUCCUCAACAGGCAAAUGUGGCUGCUGACAGUGGAAUGGGCCCUUGGUGUUUCCAGCAGUCAGCCGGGCACCAAUGGUUAGUUCCUGUUAUGACUCCUUACGACGGGCUUGUCUACAAGCCAUAUCCUAGGCCUGGAUUCACAGGAACAGAUGGUGGAGGAUGUGGGCCUGCUCCUUUUGGUGGUAAUUUUAUGAAUCCAGCCUAUGGAAUCCCAACUUCUCAUCAAGGAGUUGGGGUUUCACCACAAACACCUCCAGGAAGUCUUGCUUACUUCCCUCCAUAUGGGAUGACAGUUAUGAAUGCAACAAUGUCAGAGUCAGCUGUUGAUCAGGUGAACCAGUUCUCUUCACUAGGUUCUCACAGGUAUAAUGGCCAUUUACCUGGAGGGGAAUCUAAUCAUAUCACAAACAAUCAAAGCUCUCGUAAUUUACCAACUCCGAGAAAUGGAGCAUCGUCACAUGUCCUGAAAUAUCAGACAUCUAAGGAUUUUGAGUUGCAGGGUAGUACAGCAAGUAGUCCUGAUGAAAUGGCACAGGCAUUAAGCACAGGGCAAGUUGCAGAAGGAAGGGAUGUUCUUCCUCUUUUCCCUAUGGUUCCGGCAGAACCUGAGUCUAUUCCUCGCUCUCUUGAAACCGGACAACCAACUCGAGUAAUCAAAGUCGUGCCGCACAACCGAAUAUCAGCAACUGCUUCAGCAGCUAGAAUUUUUCAAUCAAUUCAGGAAGAGAGAAAACAGUAUGACUCAGUCUAGUGAUGGUUCAAGAAGUCUGCCUAGUUCCUGUUCUUUCUUGAGUAUUAUGUCAUGAAACAAACUGUUUUAUUUCAUACUUCUUAUCGUAGUUUUGACCUUGUUACAGCACAUUGGUAUGUAGAUACAUGUGGUAUUUCAGAACUGGUCAAAAUGUAAUAUUUAUUGUAUCUUGUUUCCAUACAUGUUCGUUCUACACAUAAGUGCUGCUCUUCCUCUGUUUCGGAGGAGUUAUUUUACCCUUA